AAACUGCGUGAGUCACACAUACUCCAGCAUGCAGUAGCCGUGACGAUGCGAAGCAAAAUUCUUUUAUUUGUCGCUGUUUCCGUUUCCGUAUGGUUCCUUGGAACAAUGAACACUCACGAUAAUCGAUUCAAUUCCAAAGGAAAGUGAGUAAUACCUCAUUACCCUCUACGCAACACCAUUUUCACUCUAUUUUCACCUUACAAACACUCGAUGCUUAGGAUUGACGCGUUACUAAACUUGGUCGAAAAAUUGUAUCGAACAAUGUUAUAGUCAUCGUUGUUUUCAUUCGAAAGCUGAGUUGUUAGUGUGCUCAACAAUGGCUGCUGUUAGGUCUUAUUAUGUAAGGCGAAUAGGAAGCACAAUCAAGGUUUCUUUUAAUAUGGAAUUAGUUCAACGCUACCACUAUCACCAUAGUAUGUGUAUUGCAAGGUUGCCAAGUGAUUCGCUGAGUCAUCCUUAUUAUAAAGCAGAAUUGCAGUUUGCUAAGAAUCAGUUUAGUAAUUUGGCUUUUGAAUCCCGUGGAAGUAGUCACCAAUUUGGUACUAGGGCCAAUGUCUCGUUUAAUCCUAGAUUCGCUAGCGAUUGUUUUCGGAGUGCCCUUCCUUUUGCUUCCGCGAGCCACAUGUUGAAUCGCCGGAUGUAUUCAUCGUCGGUGGGAGGCAAGGGAAGUAGAGAUGGUGGCACGGAAGUUGCUGCUGGUUCUGGUGCCAGUGACAUGAAUACCACGGGUGAUUCUGUUGUUGGCGGUGAUUGGGUUGGGAGGAUUAAAGAUACUUGGCAGAGUGUGGUAGAUGCAGCAUCAUAUGCUGGACAAAAGGUUAAAGAAACUUCUGAUGAUCUCAUUCCAUAUGCUCAGCAGUUGCUUGAUUCACACCCAUAUCUUAACAAUGUGGUUAUUCCGGUUGGUGGUACUUUAUCGGCUACUAUAAUAGCCUGGUUCUUGAUGCCUAGGAUUUUGAGGAAGUUUCACAAAUAUGCAAUACAAGGUCCCGUUUCUCUAUUGCCAGGAAGCAUGUCUGGGGAGCCAGUUCCGUAUGAGAAAAGCUUUUGGGGUGCUAUGGAGGAUCCAAUGCGAUAUUUAGUUACCUUCAUGGCAUUCUCACAAAUUGGUGUAAUGGUUGCUCCGACAACUAUAACCUCACAACAUGUUGCACCCUUUUGGAGGGGUGCGGUGAUAGUAUCAUUUGUAUGGUUUUUGCAUAGAUGGAAAACAAAUGUUUUUGCUCGGACAUUGUCCGGUCAAAGUUUACUUGGACUCGAUAGGGAGAAAUUGCUUGCUCUAGACAAAAUCUCAUCUAUUGGUCUAUCCGUAAUUGGUGUAAUGGCUUUGGCUGAGGCUUGUGGUGUGGCCGUGCAAUCUAUUGUGACUGUUGGUGGUAUCGGAGGAGUGGCUACUGCUUUUGCUGCCAGGGACAUUCUUGGCAAUGUGUUCAGUGGUUUAUCCAUGCAGUUUUCGAAGCCCUUUUCAAUUGGAGAUACCAUAAAAGCUGGCUCGAUAGAGGGUCAAGUGGUGGAAAUGGGUCUUACUACCACAUCAUUGCUGAGUUCGGAGAAGUUCCCAGUCAUUGUGCCAAACUCAUUUUUUUCUAGCCAGGUUAUUGUGAACAAGUCACGUGCUGAAUAUCGUGCCAUUAUUACCAAAAUUCCGUUGCAAACUGAGGAUUUAAGUAAGAUUCCCCUGAUUUCAGAUGAUGUAAAAGGCAUGCUCAGAUCAAAUGCGAAGGUUUUCUUAGGAAAAGAUGUUCCAUACUGUUUCUUAUCCCGUAUAGAAAGUUCCUAUGCAGAAUUGACUCUUGGAUACAACCUCAAACAAAUGCGCAAAGACGAACUAUACUCUGCACAACAAGAUAUUCUCCUGCAGGCAGUUCACAUCAUUAAGAAUCACGGGAUUGCUCUUGGCAGCACAUGGCAAGACAUGUCUUCUAAAUGAUGUGCUCUGCAUGAUGACAAUUCUGGAACUAGUGGUUGCUAGACAUUGUGGGUUUUAGCUUUUACUAAUACGAGGCCUGCAGGUAUAUUAAUUUGUCAUUGGCUUGCACUGAAGCAGUUUCCUAAUACUAGUUGCAUAGUUGGUUUACUUGGCUUCAGUUUUUUAUUUUUUAUUUUUUAUUUUUUUUUAUUUACUAAAGAAUAUAAAUUUUUUACAUUGAGUGAAUUGUGGCAUAUCCAUUUAUGAAGUUUCCUUUUUAUUUAUUUAUUUA